GGGGCGGGUGGUGUUCAGAGGAAUGAUUAGCCAAGCUGACUUCUAUGUGCUGUUUACACUGAGAGACAGACAGGGUGAAAGAUCACGUUGAAAUUUGUCAGUCACAGUCGAGGUUCAGUGGCAGUCCAAGUCCAGGAAAAGGAUAUCAAAGCAUAUGGAUCCGUUCACUGCGACAACUGCAAGCGCGGCUAUACAGCAAGUCGCAAAGUUUUUAGGGUGCAAACCGACCUCAUUUGAAGUUGCCAAAUUCCUUGAUGACCACGAUGAUUUGCGUCACCUGCGUGAGCAAUUUCUCAUUCCAAAAGUGUCACAAUUACCACCGUCUGACCCCGCUCUGGUUGACGGCGCCGAGGAGUGCCUCUACUUUGUGGGGAACUCAUUAGGGCUGCAGCCAAAACUGGCCAGACAGUACCUGGAGGAAGAGCUGGAGAAAUGGGCACAGAUGGGAGUGCACGGUCAUAUGGAGGGCUCUCGUCCUUGGGCCUGGGCAGAGAACAACAUCGAACAGCUCAUGGCCAACGUCGUAGGUGCUAAGCGAGAAGAAGUAGCCCUGAUGAACGGCCUGACGGUCAACCUUCAUCUUUUGCUGCUUUCCUUUUACAAACCGACAACGGAACGACACAAAAUUCUUUUAGAGGACAAGGCCUUUCCCUCUGACCAUUAUGCUGUGGAAUCUCAAAUCUCCCUGCGAGGUUUCGACCCGGCGAAAAGCAUGUUGCUGAUGUCACCUAGAGAGGGCGAGCACACGUUGAGGACGAAGGACAUCCUGAGUGUGAUUGAAAAGGAGGGCGAUUCGAUCGCCGUUAUUCUCUUCAGCGGAGUGCAGUAUUACACCGGACAGCUCUUUGACAUGGCCGCCAUCACCAAGGCCGGCCAGGCCAAGGGCUGUUACGUGGGCUUCGACUGCGCACACGCGGUGGGGAACGCGGACCUGCGUCUGCACGACUGGGGAGUGGACUUUGCCUGCUGGUGCAGCUACAAGUAUGUGAACUCUGGGGCAGGAGGGUUGGCAGGUGCUUAUAUCCAUGAGAGACAUGCCCACACAAUCAAACCAGCAUUGACAGGGUGGUGGGGGCAUAAUUUAAAGACACGAUUCCAAAUGGAUAACCACAUGGACCCAAUACCUGGAAUUGGCGGAUUCAGAUUGUCAAAUCAACCUAUUCUUCUGGUGUGUCCACUACAAGCAAGCUUGGAGGUGUUUAAUAUGACCAACAUGAAGGCCCUGCGGAGGAAGUCCCGCCUGCUGACGGGUUACCUGGAGUACCUGAUCACGCACUACUACACCAAACAGGAGGACGCGCCGCACAAGCCCUACGUGGACAUCAUCACCCCGGCCAACCCCGAGGAGAGGGGCUGCCAACUGUCCCUGUCCUUCUCCGUACCCAUACGCGCCAUGUUCAAGGAGCUGGAGAAGAGGGGUGUGGCGCUUGACAUGAGGGAGCCCAACGUUUUGAGGAUUGCCCCGGCCCCUCUCUACAACUCCUUCUCAGACGUCCACCGCCUCAUCUCUGCUGUGGGAGCAGCACUGCAUGCUAGCAAAGAGCUUAGCCAGUGAUGCCUACAGCAUCCAACAGCCCUUCCUCCAGCCAGGUACACAGCAGGUGUUAUUGAAUCAUGGGAAAGAGAGUCUCUGUGAUGAAUCCAGUGCCAUAGCUGGGUUCAUUCCCCAGCCUUUUGUGCUUGGCUUUUAAACACAACGCAUUGUCCCCUAGUGAAUUUACAGUAAUCUCUCAGGUCAGGGUUUGACCUUAACAGGGAAGCUACACCAGGUGCGCAACUGAAGCGCUGGAUUUGCUUAGUGUAAAAAUAGUUUUUACAAGACUGGUCUAAUAUUUCGAACAUACGCACCACUAUCAUAUCUGGUGUAACCGGUAACCAGUUCUACUGACACAGUGGAAGCUACUGUAAUUGUUGCUGCAGACACAAUGUAAAUGCAACACUUCAGUUACGUUGCCAGUGUAGCUCCCCUGUACGGUCUCCCUAUAGUUUGGGUGUGAAUCUAUGCUGGUCAGCUGCUAAUUCAAGAUCAGUUCAGGUUUCAAACUAGCCGUGCUGAAUGUCAUAGGAUCGAUUCCUAUUGAUUACAGUGAUGAAAUGUAUAACUUCUCUGUGUUGUAAGUGUCUACUGAUACAGAGGUGUACUGAUAAUGCCAGCAUAGUGCCAAGAGACUAUUGAUAUGUCUACUCUACUACAUAACCAAAUAUGCCUGUAACCUCACUGACAAGGUGCUGUUCUUUAUCUAAUUCCGCAUACAUACUGUGGCCCUGUAUAUAUUUUCAGCUUGUUGGAUUAAACAUUAAAUGUUUACAGCAUAACGCACAACAUA